AUGGCAGACGUAGAACAGUUGGCGCACGUGGCUAUGGAUGCAGUAACACAGAAGGAUUGGGAGAAGUGUGUUGCACAUGCGGAACAAAUUCAAGACGAAGAUAAUAGGAAGGAAAUUUUGAGGGAUGUCAUGUUGGAGCCGAUCAUUAUUACAUUAAGAGACGACGAUAGCGAUUGGGGUGAUGAACAGGAUGAUGAAAACAUAUUUUUUGCAGAUAUGUAG